AUGUCCUACAGAUCACGUUCUUCUCACGAAGAACAAGAAGAUACUGAACCAUUGCUAUCACAAUCACAAGAAGCUAAGAAACAAUCAUAUUUCCCAUCUACAUCACCUUCACCAAAAGAACAGGUAUCAAAAUCUCCUAAAUCACAUACAAGUAAUCAUCAUCAUCAUCAUCAUCAACCACAUCAACCACAUCAAAGAAGACGUUUAACAUUCUCAGGUCCUUCUGGUAAACCAACUUUUAAUUUUAAUGCACAUGAUGCUGCUUCAGAAUAUGAAGUUGAUGCUUUAGGUAAAUCUGCUUCAAGAUCAAGUUCUGUGGGUCAUCAUUUAGCAGAAUUUGGGAACCCUGUUAGAGACUUAACAAGUUAUGAUCCAAGAAAUUUACCAAGUUCAAAAUUGGGUAAAAGAAGUUCAAUCUCAACAAGACCAAAUAAAGAUAGAAUGAAAACUUCAGCUUCUACUGAAAAUGCAAAUCCUUUUAAUAAAUAUGCUAGUGGAUUUAAUCAACCUCAUAGUCCAAGUUAUGCUGAAAGAUGGAUAAAUAAACAACAAUCACAAUUUCAUAGUUAUGGUGCUAUUAAUUCAGGUUCAUCAUCAAGUGCAGCAAAUCCUGUUAGUAUUGAUAUUGAUCAAUUAAAUCAUGAUGAACAAGAUCAACAACAUAUGAAUUCUCAUGAUCAUGAUAGUGACUUUGAUUCUAAACCAUCUUCAAGAAGAUCAUCUGAAAGUUCUUCAUUAGCUGAUGUUUGUUUCCCCUUGGAUCCAAUAGAUGAUAUUGAAGGUGAAAGAUUAUGGCCUGAUUUACAAGUUUUAGAAGAAUUUUAUGAAGAAGAAACUUCAAGAUUAAAAGAUGAAGCUAUGAGAGAAACUGAUGAAGUUAAUUUUAGAUUUCAAGAUUCUGCUGAUGAUAAUAUUUCUUCAAAUCCUCCAGAUUCUCAAGGUGGUGAAGGCGUGGGGUUUACACAUCCAAUGGUAACAAAAGUUGAUGCACCAAGAAUGUUGGGAAAUCAAAGAAUUAAUGAAACUGAAACUCUUGAUGGUGGAAGAUUAAGACCACCAAAAAUUAAUCCAUUUGAUAGGAAAAGAUUAAAUAAUACUGAAUUUUUGAAAACAAUUAAUUAUCCUCCACAAAUUGUUAAUAAUAAUCCUGAACAUUUUAGAUUUACUUACUUUAGAGAAAAUUUAGAUUCCACAGUUCAUUCACCAACAAUUUCUGGAUUAUUACAACCUGGCCAAAAUUUUAGUGAUUUAUUCCUAAGUUCAGAAUAUAGAAAACAAGAUGCUGCUAAUAUCGUUGGUGGCGCUGGUACUGGUAGUAAUACAAAUAAUAAUUCAACUUCAACAUCGGUGAAGGAAUCAACUCCAGGAUUAUCUGAUUUGAAAGUUCUUGAGGAAUCAUUAGAAAUAGAUGAUCAUACUUCACCUUUUUGGUUAGAUGUUUUGAAUCCUACAGAAGAAGAAAUGAAAGUUAUAAGUAAAGCUUUUUCAAUCCAUCCUUUAACCACAGAAGAUAUUUUCUUGGGAGAAACAAGAGAAAAAGUUGAACUAUUUAAAGAUUAUUAUUUUAUUUGUUUUAGAUCAUUUGAUAUUGUUCAUGAAAAAGCCAAGAUCCGUGAACGAUUAAAUGAAAUUAAAUCUGAAGCUCAAAAUAAAAAUUCUGGUUUUUUCAAUAAAUUAUUUAAUAGAAGACAAUCAUCAACCCAUUCAAGAUCUGGAAAAAAAUCUGGUGAUAGACAUAAACCAAAAGGUGGUGAAUUAGAACCAUUAAAUGUUUAUAUCCUGGUGUUCAGAAAUGCAGUUUUAACUUUCCAUUUUGCACCAACUCCACAUCCGGUUAAUGUUAGAAGAAGAGCAAGAUUAUUACGUGAAUAUUUAACUGUUACAGCAGAUUGGAUAGCUUAUGCAUUAAUUGAUGAUAUUACAGAUGCAUUUGGUCCAAUGAUUGAAAGUAUUGAAGAUGAAGUUAAUGCAAUUGAAGAUUCUAUAUUAACAAUGAAUGAAAGUUCAGAUGAAGAAGAUGAUUCAAGUGAUGAAGAAGAUGAUUUUAAAUGGACUGCAAGAUCAAUAAUGAGUAAAAAAAGUAGAAGAGAUUCAACUAGAUUUGAUGAUAAAAGAUCCAUUAAAUCAAUAUCAUCAUCUUCAUCAAGAAGUACAGCUUCAAAUGUUAUUGAAUGGAAGAAAAAAGGUGAUAUGUUGAAAAGAAUUGGUGAAUGUCGUAAAAGAGUUAUGUCAUUAUUAAGAUUAUUAGGUUCAAAAGCCGAUGUUAUUAAAGGAUUUGCGAAAAGAUGUAAUGAACAAUGGGAAGUUGCUCCAAGAUCAGAAAUUGGGAUGUAUCUGGGAGAUAUUCAAGAUCAUAUUGUAACAAUGGUUCAAUCAUUAAAUCAUUAUGAAAAAUUAUUAGCACGUUCUCAUUCAAAUUAUUUAGCACAAAUCAAUAUUGAUAUGACUAGAGUUAAUAAUGAUAUGAAUGAUGUCUUGGGGAAAAUUUCCAUCUUGGGUACUGUGGUAUUACCAAUGAAUGUUGUUACAGGGUUAUGGGGUAUGAAUGUUUUAGUUCCAGGUCAAGAAUAUGAAGGAUUAGCUUGGUUUUGGAGUUUAGCAGCUGGUAUGUUUGCAUUUGCCUUUUGUUGUUACAUGUACGCAAAGAAGAUUUCAGGAAUUGCAUAG